AUGUAUUAUCGUAGAAAAUUUUAUCGUAGGAUAUUAGAAGGCUAUGAAGUGGGACAAAUUGAUCCAACAGAGAUUAAUGUUCAGCAAGAGACAAUAGCAAAUUAUUUUCAACACUGUAAAAUUUGUUCGGGGGAUGCAGUCUCAAAGAAUUUGAAUGAACCCACUUGUGAAAACGUGAUUCAUAAACUUGAGGUCAUGAUUAAUGAUCUCGACUACCACAAUAAAAUGGAUGUCAAUAACCUGUUGGAUUAUUCAGGUGAAAGUGAUACAUGUUCAGAGGUCCAGAACUUAGAAGAAUUUGUGGAUACCAUCGGAAAAAGAAAUGUUGAUGAUGAAGUUGAAGAUGAUACUAUAUCUUUUGACCCGUUACGCGUAAGGAAACACUCAUUGCAUCUAGAACUCUUCACAAUUUUAUGGUUCAGUUCGAAAAGACAAGACCAGAGCUCUUGGAUGCAAUAA